UACUCGUAUAUAUGUAUCUGAGAACCUAUAUAAGCAUCGCUGUACACCAAAUGUUCUCCACGUCCAUGCUCUCCCGUAGAUGCCAUGGAUCACCUGACAGUGUUGCCUCUUGCAUGCGCCCUUGUCUUCUUCUUCUUCCUCUUGAGCGCGACUCCCACGCUGAGCAUCGUCACUGACCGGGGAACAAGAAAGCAGCAGAGGAGUAGUACCAGCAGCCUCCGCCAUGGCACCGCCCGAACGUACGUUGUGCUCGUAGAGCCACCCACGCACCCACACGCCGCGGACGAAGCCGCGCACCGGAGGUGGCACGAGUCGUUCCUACGAGGCCUGGCCGCCCGCAAAGCCGCCGGCAGCGGCACGCCCAACAUCUGCCACUCGUACACGGACGUUCUGUCGGGCUUCGCCGCAAAGCUCACAGCCGACGAGCUCGCGGCGGUCUCCAGGAAGCCCGGGUUCGUGCGCGCGUUCCCGGAGCGGAAGCUGCCGCUCAUGACGACGCGCACGCCGGGGUUCCUCGGGCUGAACGCCAAGCAGGGCGUCUGGGAAUCCUCCAGCUACGGGGAAGGCGUGGUCAUCGGCUUCCUCGACACCGGCAUCGCCGCCUCGCACCCUUCGUUCGGGGACUCCGACAUGCCGCCGCCGCCGGCCAAGUGGAAGGGCACGUGCCAAACGCCCGCGCGCUGCAACAACAAGCUCGUGGGCCUCGUGACCUACAUGGGCGGCAACGACACCACGGACGCGGUCGGCCACGGGACGCACACGACGGGCACCGCGGGGGGGCAAUUCGUGGAAGGCGUGUCGGCGUUCGGGCUCGGCAAGGGCACCGCGGCCGGCAUCGCGCCGGGCGCGCACCUGGCCAUGUAUAAAGUGUGUGACGCCGAAGGGUGCUUCGAGUCCGACAUACUGGCCGGGAUGGACGCGGCCGUCAAGGACGGCGUGGACGUGAUCUCGCUCUCCCUCGGCGGGCCCUCCAUGCCGCUCGACAAGGACCUGAUUGCCAUUGGCGCGUUCGGGGUCAUGUCCAGGGGCGUCCUCGUGGUGUGCGCCGGGGGCAACAGCGGGCCCACGCCCUCCUCGCUGUCCAACGAGGCGCCGUGGCUGCUGACCGUGGGGGCCGGGUCCGUGGACCGGAGCUACCGGGCCACCGUCAAGCUGGGCGACGGCGAGGCGUUCAACGGCGAGUCGCUGACGCAGGACAAGCGCUUCAGCUCCAAGGAGUACCCGCUCUACUACCCUCAGGGCACCAGCUACUGCGACUUCUUCGACGUCAACAUCACGGGCAAGGUCGUCGUGUGCGACACGGAGACGCCGCUGCCUCCGGCCAACUCCAUCGAGGCCGUCCAGGCGGCCGGCGGCGCGGGCGUGGUGUUCAUCAACGAAGCCGAUUUCGGGUACACCAUCGUCGUGGAGAAGUACUAUGACCUCCCCAUGUCGCAGGUGACGGCCACCGACGGCGCCAAGAUCAUGGGCUACGCCAAGGUGGGCUCCUCAAACGGCGUUGCACACAACGCGACCAUACUUUUCAACAGCACCAUGGUGCACGUGAAGCCGGCGCCGAUCGUGGCGGCCUUCUCGUCGCGCGGGCCCAACAUGGCCAGCCCGGGCGUGCUGAAGCCGGACGUCAUGGCGCCGGGGCUCAACAUCCUCUCCGCGUGGCCGUCCAUGGUGCCGAUCGACGGCACGGAGGAGGCGUACAACUACAACGUGGAAUCCGGCACGUCCAUGGCCACGCCGCACGUGGCCGGCGUCGUGGCGCUCGUCAAGAAGGUGCACCCGGACUGGUCGCCGUCGGCCGUCAAGUCCGCCAUCAUGACCACGUCCAGCAACGUCGACAACGACGGCGAGCCUAUCAUGGACGAGGAGCACCGGAAGGCGAGCUAUUACUCGCUGGGGGCAGGACACGUGGACGCGUCCAAGGUCGUGGACCCCGGCCUGGUCUACGACCUCGGCGUCGGCGAGUACAGCGCUUACAUCUGCGCGCUCCUAGGCGAAGGGGCCGUGCGAACAAUCACCGGGAACAGCAGCCUGACUUGCGAGGCGGUGGGAUCCAUCCCGGAGGCGCAGCUGAAUUACCCGGCGAUUCUGGUGCCGUUGUCCGAGAAGCCGUUCACGGCGAAGCGGACCGUCACCAAUGUUGGGCCGGCGGAAUCGAGGUACACGGCCCACGUCGACGCGCCCAAGGGACUGAAAAUUAAGGUGGAGCCGGCGGAGCUGGAGUUCAAGGAGGCCAUGGAGAAGAAGACGUUUGCGGUCACCGUGAGCGUCGGAUCAGGCGACGACGGCGGGCAGGUGGCCGAAGGGAGUCUCCGAUGGGUGUCGCAGGAUCACGUCGUAAGGAGCCCCAUCAUCGCCGACGCCAGAAUCGCACCGGCGUGAUCUUGUCACUACUACGUACUUUAAAUGGGCAUCCUCGCAAGUCGUAUCCAAUGCACACGUACGGCUUGGAUGUGUCCCUCGGUUCCUUCUGACAAUAACGCGGGCUCGUUACGAGAGCAAGCGUCCAUCUCGCUUACAAAUGAAGACACGGUGAUAUACAUACAGGAGACCUUCAAUUUCUAAGCUCCCGAGAAAUACUAUUUCUAAGCUGACGGUUGGAUCUCGACCAUUAGCGUUUUUUCUAUCUAUCUACUAUAUUUUUUAGCAACCCGUGCAUUGCCACCGGAAACCAAAGAUAUGUAUCGAACUGGGGAGCAGUGAAAUUAUAUCAUAUUCUAUCA